AGCAUGCUGCCCAUCUGACACUUGCUCUCUGAUGAAAGAACUGACAUCUAUAGGAGAGAAACUAGGAGCCAUGGGGGAGAAACUGGGAACUAUGGGGGAUAACCUGAGACUCAUGGAGACCCGGUUACAAACCAGUGAGAAUGAAGUGGAGGAGCUGAAGAGACUAACUGGAGGCCGGCCUAAGGUGGCCUUCUCCGCAACUCUCCGGGAGACAGGCGAUGCCGCUGGGAACACGGGACCUUUCACCACUCCCAUUCCCCUGCAGUACAAGAAGGUCUUCUCCAACACGGGCAGCUCCUACAACCCUGCCACAGGUAUCUUCACUGCCACGGUCAAAGGAAUGUACUACUUACAUUUCUCGAUGAUGAACAACUUGAAUGCCCCCCCUAAUUCUGUGGUGUGUUUGACAAAGAAUGGCCAGAGGCUGGUGUCUGUCUGGGACACUGUAGGAACCGAUGCCCAUGACAGUGGCAGCAACGCAGUGGUCAUUCCUCUGGAGGUGGGAGAUAACGUCUAUGUUGAGUUACAGGCUAACAGGCUGGUUUAUGAUGACGGCAUGAACUACAACACCUUCAGCGGCUUCCUGCUCUUCCACAUGUAAACAUGGAACACAUUUCAACAGCUAAAUGGUCUGAACAAACCUAUUCCUUUACUAUGAGCUUGGCUGAACACAGUGCCUUCCCCUGGUCGUUGGUGGCCCUACAGGUGUAAACAUCCGAGUCCUCUGGCCCAACUUGGGCCAGGACCAGGGUGCAGAGCCCAUCCUCUUCAUACUCUAUCUGCACCCGGGAUGACUCCUCCAGAGGCUCCUCCCCCCUCAACCACACCACCUCUGGGUCAGGAUACCCUGAAAGGAAAGGUCAGAGGGGUGAGAGGAAACAUCCAAUGACAGGAGCUCAGGAAAAUGGAAUGUAACAGUUACACACUUGAAAAGCUUAACAUGUAUUACAUAGCAGGAUGCAGCUGUGUGGCCUUGAGCAAGGGACUUAGUUAGGCAUGAUUGCUCUUAAUCAAUGCCCAACUUUAAAACAAAGCAUUUAAAAUCUUUACAAGCACCAGCUGAAACUCAGUGAAAAGGUGUAAUUCGGUCAACCAAACAUGUCUAAUAAAGCGAUUGAGAUGGAA